UCAGUGAGGCUUCAGCGGGUGGAUGGAGGCUGUCAGUCCGCACAGCUGACGGUGGUGCCGGGCGGCCUGCUGGUGAAUAUGAACUAUCUGCAGCGAGCGAACUGCCACGUGUGUCUGCACCGGCGGAAAAAAGACUAGAAAUCUAGAGAAGCAGCUAGUUCCUCCUUUCUUUAUGGCUUCUGGCUGCAGGGAUGAAGAGGGAACCACGGAGGGCGUCUCAUGGAGACUCAUCGGCUCGGCCUCGGAGCUCUCCAAGAAGCGCUGCCGUCUUAUGUACUCUUCCCUCGGCCACGACUCUGACGUGGGCCUCUUCUGUGUGAAGGGGGAGUUCUUCGCCAUGGAUGCUCGCUGCUCACACUCCGGUGGUCCUCUAUGUGAGGGGGACAUUGAGGAGGCUGAUGGAGUCCUGCAGGUUUUCUGUCCCUGGCAUGACUAUGACUUUGACCUCAGGACUGGGAAGUCAGGGACCUCAUUACAGCAACAAGUGUAUGAGGUCAAACUGGAGGACGGCAACGUGUACGUGAAACACGCCAGUCGUCUCUCCCUGCUGCCUUUUCCCGCAGAUCCGAAAAGCUAAACAACCUCAGCCGCAGCUGCUUCAUCCUUCAGACCAUUGAACCGCUUCUGCUUUGAUUGCCGUGAACUCAGGACGAUAUCGGGGAGACUGUCUGAAGAGGACAUGACUUCAUUGAAUAGUCUCAGAGUUUUUGUUACUGGAUUUCCAGGUAGAGUCUUAUCACAGACACUGAGCGUGGAGGGCAAUAAACUCACUGCUUACCUUGAAAACACAGUCACAAAAAUGAAACAUAAAAACACAACAUUUUACUUUUCUCAGCAGAUGUUAUUGAACCAGCAUAUUUUAUAAUUGACUGUAUAAAAAAUAAUUGUCUCACUUGAUUAUUUCCUACAUUUUUAAGGCUUUUUGACAAAGAUAUUAUUUCAUCCAAUGCAAAUAUUACAGUGUGAAUACAUUUAUAAGUAAGUAGUCACAUUUGUAAGGCCUUCACAUGUUUAGUUGAAACCCACCCAACUUCCAUAAAGGUAUUAAAGACAGUUUACCUUAGUUCUCAAACUCUCUACAUGUCCACGUAGUUAUUGCAAAAUUCAUAACUGCAAAGUGAUACAUUUCCAUGCAACCAGCAAUGAAGUAUUUUCUUUUAUCUGUGUUA